GACUCUGACAUUGAAUCCGUCUCAUCAGGUGGAUAAAUGGCUUAUUUCAGCCUUUUCUAUUUAUUCGAAACCUCUUAAGUCUCCAGACCUGUCCUGGAGACCUUGCUGAUCUCUAGCUGUCAGCAAACAAUCAUCUGAACAUCUCUCUCUCUCCAGUGACGCCUGCGUCUCUAGCGCUCGUUCGCAAACGACCCAGAGCUGCCCCUCCAUCCCCCCUCUGAUGUUUUCUUUUUGGGAACAGUCCCGCUGAGACGGGCGUGUCAGGUUUACCAUCUGUAGAAAUUGCUUGAAUAUCUUGUAGGUCUCUAAUCGCAGCUUGGAGUUUACUUUCUCUUUUCCGUCGCCUCGAAAAAAAUGGCAAUGCUUUCAGGGUUUGCCUUUGUAUUGCUGGUCCAAACUGUAAACCUUCAACUUACACCUCGAGGACCCAGGCCAAUACCGGGGCGAGGUGACAGUCCAGAGCCAACGGUACCUCCACUCUUACCUGAGCCCACGCCAAGACCUGAAGGCUGUGAAGCAGGUAUAAUCGACUGUCCCAUCAGGGUGUACUUCACUAUUGACACCUCAGAAACCAUCGCAUUGCAGGAGCCCCCACCUGGCAGCCUGGUGGAGAGUAUCAGAGAAUUCACAAAGAUCUUUGCCGAGAGGCUGGCUGAUGAGGAGUACAGGGGCCAUAUCCAGAUCACUUGGUCCAUAGGUGGGCUGCACUUCUCCCAGAAGCAGGUGGUCUUCAGCCAGCUCACAACCAGAGAGAACUUCAUCAGGAAUCUCGCUUCGAUCCGAUACCUGGGCAAAGGCACCUACAUCGACUGUGCCCUCAAAAACAUGACUCACCACAUGACCCAACAUUACACAGAGACGAAGGCGGUUCUCUUCGCUGUGGUCAUCACUGAUGGCUACGUGACAGGAAAUCCAUGUUCAGGGAUCAAGGUGAUGGCAGAAAAGGCCCGGGAUCAAGGGAUCCAGAUUUUCUCAGUAGCAGCGUCCAAAGAGAUCGACGAAUUUGGAAUGAGGGAGAUAGCGAACUCUCCGUACGAGCUGUUCCGUGACGACUACAUAGCGGUGGAAAUCGUUGAUGGGAAACCAAGACUAAGCACUAAAACCAUUGAUCGUAUCGUAAAAGCAAUGAAAUACCAAGCAUAUUUACAGUGUUACAAACCAAGAUGUUUCGAGAGUCCUGGGCGCCCUGGACUAAGAGGUCCCUCAGGUCCAAAAGGCACAAAAGGAGACAGAGGCCCUCCAGGGCCAAAGGGUGAAAGAGGAAGACAGGGUGAUCCUGGCAUUGAAGGUCCAAUUGGACGACCCGGUCCAAAGGGAGAGGCUGGUUUAAAGGGUGAAAAGGGUGAAAUUGGAUUAACUGGAGCAAAGGGUGUUGCAGGUUCGACUGGCAAGAAUGGAACUGAUGGGCAAAAGGGGAAAAUUGGACGAAUUGGAGCUCCCGGUUGUAAAGGUGAUGCAGGCGACAAGGGAUCAGAUGGCUACCCAGGAGAUGCUGGUGAAACUGGACUAUUAGGUGACAAAGGAGAAAAGGGUGACACAGGCCUUCCUGGAAAGCCAGGCCCCCCAGGCCCUAAGGGUAAUCCAGGUCUGAAGGGUGAAAGAGGAAACCAAGGAAAUCCAGGACAGCCUGGACAAAGAGGGAGUCCGGGGAGAAAGGGUUCACCUGGGGCAAAAGGCGAAGAGGGGAGGAGAGGAAACCCGGGAAUAAAGGGAUCACAAGGAAACACUGGGCCAAAAGGGAAAAAGGGAGAACGAGGCCCGGAGGGAAGCAGAGGUUGGCCUGGGGAAAAUGGACUCAAGGGGGCUAAGGGGGAACUAGGACUACCGGGACCGAGGGGUCAGCCAGGAGAACUAGGCGCCCCUGGACGAAAUGGCACGACGGGAGAUCCUGGAGAUUCAGGACCAAGGGGAGACACUGGGCCACUUGGACCAAAGGGUGACAGAGGAAGGCAAGGUUUCAGCUAUCCUGGAUCAAGGGGACCGCCUGGAGACAGGGGUGCACCAGGUAGGAGAGGACCCAGAGGGAGCAGAGGUGACUGUGGCGCCAAAGGAGAAUCUGGAAACAAAGGGCAAUCAGGAGCGCCUGGUGAACCAGGCCAGUCGGGGCCGCCAGGAGAAAGAGGGCCUAGAGGAGAACGUGGACCUGAUGGGGAUCCAGGAACAGCAGGCGAUUCUGGGCUCACUGAAUGUGAUGUCAUGAGCUACAUCAGAGAGACGUGUGGUUGCUGCGACUGCGAGAAGCACUGUGGAGCUAUGGACAUCGUGUUUGUAAUUGAUAGCUCAGAGAGUGUCGGGCUAACAAACUUUACCCUGGAGAAGAACUUUGUUAUCAACACCAUCAACAGGCUGGGAUCUAUGGCGCCCGAACCUACAUCAACAACUGGCACAAGAGUUGGAGUUGUACAAUACAGUCACAACGGGACCUUUGAGAGCAUUCGUCUCGAUGACCCAAACAUAAACUCCAUGACUGCAUUCAAAACUGCAGUGAAGAAUCUGAGGUGGAUUGCUGGGGGCACCUUCACCCCCUCUGCUCUGAAGUACGCCUAUGAUAACCUCAUCAGGGACAGCAAGAGAGCCCGAUCCAAAGUGUCUGUCGUCGUGGUCACAGACGGCCGCUUUGACCCCCGAGACGACGACAAUCAGCUCACAUACCUCUGCAACGACCCCGCUGUGGUGGUGAAUGCCAUCGGGAUAGGGGACAUGUUUGACACCAGACAUGACAGCGAGACUCUGGUGUCAAUCGCAUGCAACAAGAAGGAUCGGGCUACUGAGAUGAGGCGCUACAGCGACUUGGUGGCUGAUGAAUUCUUAGAAAAGAUGGAAACUGUCCUUUGUCCUGAUCCAGUCAUUAAGUGCCCUGAUCUCCCCUGUACAAGUGAACUUGACUCAGCACCUUGUGUUGAGCGGCCUGUGGAUUUGGUAUUUCUAUUGGAUGGCUCAGAGCGUCUCGGGGAGAGAAACUUCCUCCUUGUUCGUGAAUUUGUUCAGAAGGUUGCAGACAGGCUGGAACUGGCCAGGACCAGGACCGAUCGAAAGCGAGCCCGUCUGGCACUGAUGGAGUUUGGCAAGGAGUCAGAGAAUCGGGUGGCUUUCCCUCUAGCACAUGACCCUGCCCAGAUUGUUAACAGUUUAACAGGUUUACAGUAUCUAGAUUCUUCUUCAAGCGUGGCACCCGGCAUCAUACAUGCCAUCAACAACAUCCUGGUUAGAGGAAGCGCCCGGCAAACGAGGCCCAAUGCAGAGAUUUCAUUCGUUUUCAUUACAGAUGGUGUCACUAACAGCGACAAUCUGGACGAAGCGAUCAGUGCCAUGCGUCGUCACGAGGUGGUCUCCACGGUGAUUGCCACAGGAAGUGAUGUUGAUCAAGAAGUCCUGACAAAGCUGGCUAUGGGGGACCAGCACGCCAUCUUCAAAGCAGAAAAAUUCUCAGAUUUUUUAAGGUCCGGUAUGUUUGAUCGUUUCAUCCGGUGGGUGUGUUAGAGAAUGCUCCUGUAAGCCAAUACUGGUGCUACAGCUGUUAAUCCAGCAUUUUCAAGGAUAAUUAAAAUUUAUUUCAACCUGAUAGUAUUUUACAUUAAUUUGGCUGUUGUGGCUCUAUUGAGGAAAGCAUCCUACAGUGAAACAAGACUGUGCUCUCUGCAGCUUUAUACAGGGUCAUAGUGCAGUCCUUGAUUUUACCCUCUGAGGAUAUCUCAGAUAUCUCUGAGGAUAUUCCCCAUCAUUGAGACCAUGCAAGAGCCAACUUCAUCCUCCACUUUGUUUAACACCUCACAUGUGUACUAAAAUUUAAAUAAAAACAAAACUUUGACAGGCUUUUGUUUUAGCAGUUUGUAGAAAAUCAUCCCAACACUUUCAUUUUUGGAUGCAGAUGCAAUUAGCAACAGGUCCACUCCAGGCAGCUAAAUUCUAAGCUUAGGUCAGAAUCAAAAGCAAAAGUUAAAAGACUACAUUGUCUGGAUAACCUCAGGAGCUCGCGCUUGUUUCCUCGAUAAAGUCGCUUUUAUGUAACAGCUUGUAGAGCUGCAAUGGCCAAAUUGAUUGGGGAAUACACAAGGUUGAAAUAAACUAGGUUUCUUCUUUAACCCAUAGGCAGUAUAUAAAAGACAAACACAGGCACCCACUGUGUUUGAAAAGUGAAGCCAUGUGCCAUACAACUGAGGGUCUCUAGGUGCUUCCUUGUUCUGUCAGUGGUUAAAGUAAUUCAUUGGCAGCUGCAGCUCAAGCAGAAUUUAUGGUCCCGCAACGGUGGUGCGUUCACUGUCCGGUAGCAAUCCAAGGAUGGCCUGUCUGCCUGUUGCCAGAUGGAGGCAGUGUGCAAAAUAUGUGGUACAGCAGUCUGUGGGUCACUCUAGCUUGUGCUGCUGUUGGUACAUCAGACAGCCGUGGAGAAGAGCAACUUUAUAACAUACAAAGAGCUGAAGUGAAAGAGCGUUUAAAAACAAUGAAAAGUGUCCAAUGUCUGUGCUUUUCAUGUUGUAUUCUUUUCAUCUUUUAAUUUUUAAAAAAAAAAUGGUUUUCCUGAACUCCGCUAGCAGUCCCUGCUCUAUUCUGGCCCACUUGUCAAUGAAUCAACAUUCGGCAGACGCUUGCAUCAUCUGCUUCUAGACACAUGCAGUCAGAAUGUUGGGAGGACUGCACUGGAGUGUCUGGGGUGGGUGAAAAAGAAACGUGUACACAGACGGACACAUUUACAGGACCAUAAAUUACACUUUGCCUUGUGUAGCUCACUUUAAGUGAGACUAGACUUUUUUUAAUAUACACUAUAUUACCAAAAAUAUUCACUCACAAAUCCAAAUCAUUGCAUUCAGGUGUUUCAAUCACUUCCAUGGCCACAGGUGUAUAAUAUCAAGCACCUCCAUAUGCAAACUGUUUCUGCAAACUUUUAUGAAAGAAAGCUCUCAGGACAUCAGUGAAUUUCAGUGUGCAACAAAUCCAGUUAUGAAAUUUCCUCGCUACUAAAUAUUUCAUAGUCAACUAUUAGUCGUAUUAUAGCAAAGUGAUGACAGCAACCCAGCCAUAAAGUGGUAGGCUACAUAAAGUCACAGAGCAGGAUUAACAGCUGCUGAGGGUCAUAGUAUGCAGAGGUUACCAACUUCCUGUAGAGUCAGUUGCUAAAGACUUCAUGUAGCCUUCAGAUUAGCCCAACAACAGUCUACAGAGAGCUUCAUGAAGAAGGUUUCCAAGCACAACACAAAGUGUCAGGGUUGUUUUUCAGGAGUGGGGCUUUGCCCCUUGCCCUUUUAAUGCCUCAACACAAAACACAACAAGAUAUUUUGGACAAUUUCAUGCUCCCAAUGUUGUAGAAACAGUUUAGGGAAGACCUGUUCGCAGUGCACAAAGUAAGGUCCAUAAAGACAUGGAUAAGCGAGUUUGGUGUGGAAAAACUCGUGAGCUGUGGGCCAAACCUUCUCGUCCAACAUCAGUGCCUGACCUCACAAAUGUGCUUCUAGAAGAAUGGUCGAAACUUCACAUAAACACACUCCUAAACCUUCCCAGAAGAGUUGAAGUUGUUACAGGUGCCCAGGGUUGGUUGACAAUAAUAAACCAUUAAGAAUGGGAUGUCACUCAAGUUCAUAUGCAUGUGAAGGUAGACGAGUGAAUACCUUUGGUAUAUAGUGUAUAUGGAUAAGUGGGACAAAACUUUUUCCAUUUUGAACCAUUGUCAGCAUACUCAUGGCCCUAAUUAAAUUGUAUUCCCACCUCAGAAAAAGGGUUUUUUCUCACGUUUCACCCUUUUUUCCAAAUAUGGUCACUUCUGGCUCCAAAGUGCUAAAGUCAAGGAUUCAAAAUGGUGAUCCACAAACCAAAGGUUGGCAUUAUGGUGGCAACGUUCUCUUUUUUUAUACAGUCUAUGCUUUAAACACAAAACUGGUUUAGUCUGCUAUGCACUGUAUAAUUUGCAAAUGAUGUCACAGCAUUGUGCUUUGCUACAUCUUGUCAGAAGAUCAAUCAGUAUUUUCAUACACCAAAAUAUAAUGCAAGUCAUGCACUCUUAAUCAACCAUAAGGCUUUUAAUGAUUUUUCAUAAUAAACCGUCAGUUUGUUGGGCACUGCA